GGAUCGUCCGCUUGGCUUGCGGCUUCUCGAACGCGACGGCUCCGCGAGUUGCAGAUACUGAACAAUGGGGAGGAGACGCGAGGAGGCUUUACAAAUGAAAUGUUGACUUCUGCACUAAUAGUGCUGGGUGGAGGAUCCAGGCUCCAGGUUGAGGAGGCUGCCUACUCCACUCCGGGGUGAGGAUCCAGAAUCCAGGCUCCAGGUUGAGGGGGUUACUUUACUCCACUCCGCGGUUUCCAGUGUCCAGUCUUGGGUGAUGAAGACAACGCGUGCAGCGGCAGGAGGAGGAGGAUGCGGCGGCGCUUGAAGGGGUGCGGCGCUGAGCCGGCGGCCGCGCUCGCAGGAGGCCGCUACGAGCUGCUGGGGCCCCUGGGCCACGGCGCGUUCGGCCGGGUCCACCUGGCGCGCGACACCGAGGCCGCCGCAGAGGACGCCACCGUGGUGCUCAAGGAGGUUCCGCUUCGGGGGGCGGCCCCGGGGCACGAGGCGCGGGCCCUGGCCGAGGCGCGGCUGCUGUCCCGGCUCGGCCACCCGGCCGUGCUGCGCUUCCACGGCAGCUUCGUGCAGGACGCCAGCCUCUACAUCGUGACGGAGCACUGCGAGGGAGGAGACCUGCACAUGGCUGUGGAGAGGCGGCGCCAGGAGGGCUCCCAGUUCGCGCUGCCGCGCGUCGUGGAGUGGUUCGUCCAGCUGCUGCUGGGCCUGCAGCACCUCCACGACAGGCACAUUCUCCACAGGGACCUGAAGACGAGAAACAUCUUCCUGAAGAGCGGCAUGGUGAAGAUCGGGGAUUUCGGCGUGUCCCGCGUGCUGGCAGGGCCCGCGGACCUGGCCCUCACCUUCACGGGGACCCUGCACUACAUGAGCCCCGAGGCGCUGCAGUGCAGGGGCUACAACUCCAAGUCCGACGUCUGGUAGGGUCCGUCUCGUCACAUCACCUGGCUGCCCAUCUCUAACUCUGUCCGUGUACAUCUGUUCGUCUGCCCAUUCAUCCGCCUCCCUGUCCGUACGGCUGUGGGUACGCGUGUCUGUCCGUCCGUCCGUCUGUGCAUCUGUCUCUGUACGUCUGCCUGUCGUGUGUUUUGUAUUCUCUGGAUCGUAAGCAAAAGUUGGGAGCUUACAAUCCGAUAGGUGGGUGCGUGCGAGGCCACAUCUCUUCUGAGCUAUUGACACGUGGAACAGUCGACGUUUGGGGUGCGUCUCACGAUGUGGACAGCACGAACCUGCGUCGCUUUCCUGCGCGGGUGUUCACCCCCCCUCCUCCCCCCCCCCGACAAAUCGGCCUCUCGCGCGCAGGCGAGCAGAGCCGUCGAUUGACACUCAAAACAAACUGUAAGGAAAUAUAAAAUUAGACAUUUAAAACACGACGACGAUGAAUAUUAAUCUUAUUAUUAGACCGCUAGAUGGAGGUCACGGGGGGUGCGCAUUCGGUUCGACGCUCAGCGCUAAAUCAGAGCCCUUAAUUACUCAUCACACAUUGGCGUUGGCGUCCAAUUUGCGAACGAGGAGGAGGUUGGAGGGACGACGCACGCGAGGAGGUUGCUGACGAGGGGCGGUGAUGGACGGGAGGGUCUGGCAGUGACUCGAGCUUAAUACCACACUCACUCACUCACUCACACUCACUCACAC